UCAUAAAUUUAUAAUUAAUUUUUUUUUAAUCUAGAGUGUUAAAAUGUUAAAUGAUGAGGAUGUUGUUUUUGAGGUGAUGAAUACAAAGUACUUGAAUGGUCUUGAUUGUGGAUACGAGUCGUAAUAUUCUUUGAGGACAUUUUCGUUUUUAGUAGUAUAUGAGUUUGUUUAUAGGAUAGUGUCAUAUAUAUUAUUAAUAUUAAUUGUUUUAGUCCUUUGACCGUCGACGAGAGCUAAAUAUUUUUGUUUCAAUUGUUUUCUAUUUUUUAGAUUUGAUUACUUGAGAUGACAUUGGUUUGGAGUGCAAAUUGAGCGUACUAAGUCAAAUAAUCAGGUGUUUUUGUUCUUUUCUAUACUUAUUAAUUUAUUAUUGGCUUUGUUUGAUAGAAUGUUGCCUAGAAAAUAUUUAUCCGGUAAUGAUAAGAGGAUAAAAAGAAAACGGGCAGAAGAGUUAAUAGAGUCUCAAAAGGGUGCCAUUGACAAUUUUUUUACUAAAGUAGUACAAGUAGUAGAGUCUUCUAAUGAAUUGGGUGAAAAUGAAAAUCAUGAACAAUUUAAUGAGAAUAUAAAUAAUGAAAAUUGUGAUAAUGAGGCAAAUGAGCCUAAUGAGGAUGCGACUAAUAUGAAUGAACCAACGAAUGUACCAAAUACAUCCGAUGUUAAUGAUAUUGGCAUUGAUCAAGUAGUCCCUCCUUUAGAUAUUUAUGAUCCUAAAAAUUGGGGUAAUCUUGACAUUAAAGGAAGGGAUAUUUUGAUACAAAAAGAGCCUUUUAGAGAUUUGAACCUUGUGUUUCCAAUUGAUAACAAAUUAAGACAUUUUUCAUAUGCCUAUUACACUAAGAAGUUGAGUAAUGGUAAGACUUUUGAUAGAAAAUGGUUGGUUUACUCAAAAUUAGCUAAUAAAGUAUAUUGUUUUUGCUGUAAAUUGUUCACAACUCAAAAUAACAAAACUUUUUUAACAAGUGAUGGUGUGAAUGAUUGGAAACAUCUUGGUGAGAAACUCAAAUUACAUGAUAAUAGUGUUGAGCAUAUGACUAAUAUGAAUACUUGGUAUGAAACAAGAGUGAGACUAGAAUUGAAUAAAGGCAUUGAUAAAGACUUGCAAGAGUCAAUUUCAAAGGAAAAAGAGCGUAGGAGGCAAGUCUUAAUUCGAAUUGUUUCUGUUGUGAAAUGUCUAGCUAAAAAUAAUUUAGCUUUUCGUGGAUCUAGUGGAAAACUUUAUGAUGAUUGUAAUGGUAAUUUUUUGGGCUUAAUUGAAAUGAUAGCUGAAUUUGAUUUGGUAAUGCAAGAUCAUGUUAGACGUAUUCAAAGCCAAGAAAUUCACAAACAUUACCUUGGUCCUCAAAUUCAAAAUGAGCUUAUUUAUAUUUUAUCUCAUGGUGCUCGGACUUCAAUGAUAAAAAUAAUAAAAGAGUAA